AUGUCCUUCUGCAAAAGCUGUUGUGGCUGUUAUUGUUGUUGCCAUGAGGAGUAUGAUUUAAGGAAGGCUGAAGCUAAGGCGCCGAACGAGAAUGACGCGGUGUUUGAAAUGGAACCCACAGUACCGGAGCUGGAGUACAUUGACGAUUUUGUUGGUCCGCCAUUGAUGCUCCUGAAACCGACAAUGUCUCCCUCACCUUUGUCACCUCAUACGUCGUCUUCACUAUUACUGAUGUCACCACCUACGCCACUGCCUACGUCAUCACCGACGUCACCACCGCAAUCACUAUCGGCGUCAUCAUCACCACCGACAGUUCCGGAACUGCAGCAUGUUGACAACUUUAUUGAACCUCCCUUGAAACCACCGAUAUCUACUCCUCCUUCAUCACUCCCGACACCAUCUUUAACACUCUUGCCGUCACCGUCGAUGUCAACACCGCCGUCACCACCAAUACAGCCGAAGGCGACUACCGUUGAGGAAAUGGAAUCUGCACCGCUGGUGUUAUCCACAGCUUCUGUGUGGAAAAAUCCGAAAUUGGGGUAUUGGAAUAUUCGUGAGAGAGCCGAACAAAUUCGAAUCUUCUGCCACUACUUUCAGGAGGACUACCAGGAGGAGCUGUACGAAUAUGGUCCAGGUCCUGAGUACUCGACUUCGGAAUGGGAUAACAGGAAGCGAUCCGAGGAAUUCGCUGAGCUUGAGCUUCCCUACUGGAUCGAGGAGGGUGUGAGGUUGUGUGGGACUGCACCAAUUCUGGAGCACAUCGCCGAUAGGCACAACCUGUUGCCCUCGGACAGGCAUACACGAUCCCGGCUGCGCAAAACGCAGGAGGAAAUUGACAAACUGAGGGGGGAUUUUGAAGGCCUCUGCUAUGAUGAGGAGUGGUUAAACUACCCUGACUUCAACUUAUACGAUCUGCUCGACAUGUUGGUGACCUUUGCGCCCGAUUGUCUCAGACAAUUUGAAAAUCUGGAGAACUUUAUGCUGCGCUUCGAGGGUUUACAAAGUGUGAAGGCCUACAUAACAACGGAGAAGUUCAAAAGUCGGCCCUUCUUCUCUCCAAAAGCUUUCUGGAACGGAGGGCAGCAGAUUCGACUGCUGCUUACCUACUGCGGGGAGAAAUUUGAUCAAGAAUUCUAUACUGCUGGUCCAGCACCUGACUUCUCAAGAGAACAGUGGUUGUCAAAGAAAAACAACCUUGGACUUGAUUUUCCAAAUCUUCCUUACUUUGUUGAUGGGUCGCUCAAACUAACCCAAUCAAGUGCAAUUUUGCUGUAUAUCGCUGACAAACACAAAAUGCUCCCCAAGACACCAGAAGAGCGUGCCACGCUUUUGAUGGUUCAUCAAGCGGCGAUGGAUAUUCGCAACGGCUUCUACCGCCUCACCUUUGGACCCGACUACGAGAAGAAUAGGGUGGAGUACAUGAAAAACCUUCCCAAUGAAAUAAAAAGCCUGUCCGACUACCUCGGAAACAAGAAAUUCUUUUCCGGUGAUCAAGUUAACUACCCAGACUUCAAUAUCUACGAUUUGCUGAUCGUUCUAGAAACCUAUGCUCCACAGUGUCUGGACAACUUUGGCAAUCUACGAGCAUACAUUGCUCGCUUUGAGAGCAUUCCAGCCAUCAAGAGGUACAUGAGCUCCUCCGAUUACAUUCAUAGACCCUUCACCAACACAAUGGCGCACUGGGGCUACUAUUUCGACUGA